ACCACGUUGGACAUUGCCGGGAGGCGGGGGAGGGACGGGGGGAUACCGCGUGAGAUACCGCGAGAAUAAUUAAAUGCGCGCGUGAGAUAAUCGGAUGAGCUGCGCUAUGGAGUAUCAGCAAUUGGCGCCACCGCCGGUACCAGCUGGGGUGCUUCACACCCAGGCGCACCAUCCUCAGCCUCAGCCCCAGCAUCAGCAGCCGGUGCAGCCGCCGCAGCAUCCGCACAUCGUAGUCGCGCCGGCUCAUCAGCAGCCGCAGUCCCAGCAACCACCGCCGCCACCCCUGCCGCCGACCUCCCACGGCCACCAGGUACACCCGCCGCUACCGUCCAUCCACGACGACAGCACGAGUUCCAGGUGGUCCCAGUACCAGCACUUGUGGAGGCAGCAUCAUGUUUACAUGAACGGGAAACAAGGUAAAGAUGGGCCAGAGGAAAAGAAGGAUGCCGACGGCGAACUUUGGGGCAACGUGGAAGCGCAGGCCGCCUUUCUCGGGCCCAAUCUCUGGGACAAAACUUUGCCUUACGAUGCCGACCUGAAGGUAUUAAACCAUUAUGUCGAUCUCGACGAGUUUCUUUCCGAAAACGGCAUCCCCGUCGACGGUGUGGCCGGCGGUGGACAGGGUGCCAUGCAAGGUAGCCAGCUUCAUAAAAUCAACAACACCGAGGCCGCCGGGCAUCAGGGACCAGCGGGUCUUCACUUGGAACCAGUUACCAAGCGCGAGAGAUCACCAUCGCCGAGCGAAUGCUGCUCGCCGGACACCCUGAACCCACCCUCUCCCGCGGAUUCCACGCUCUCGAUGGCCUCAUCGGGGCGAGAUUUCGAUCCACGUACCCGGGCCUUUUCUGACGAGGAACUCAAACCCCAACCUAUGAUCAAGAAAUCGCGGAAGCAGUUCGUUCCGGAUGACUUGAAGGAUGACAAAUACUGGGCGCGUCGUAGGAAGAACAACAUGGCAGCGAAACGAUCGCGAGACGCGCGUCGCAUGAAGGAGAACCAGAUAGCACUCAGGGCCGGCUUCCUCGAGAAAGAGAAUAUGGGUCUGCGACAGGAGCUGGACCGGUUAAAAAAUGAGAACAUGUUGCUACGCGACAAACUGAGCAAGUACACAGACGUCUAACACCCCGUCGUCGGCCAUGCACCAGUUCGAGCGACACACAAAGAGAGAGAGAAGAGACGCGAACACGAGGGUGGACAUCACAUCCCUCAGCUACUACUCCCUCGCUUAUAGUCGCAGCACAUAGCAGCCUUCGCCUCCGCGGAGGAAGCGAAGGGGAUGCGGAGCAUGUUGACGAGUACCAACUCCCGAACCGACUGCCGCCGCCACCCUAAAGCCGACAACCAACCAACUUCCUCAGAAAAUCUCCGAAUAUCCUUUAUUCUCUAUCAUCCAUAUCUCUUUCUCUCCUCCUCUUCCUCUCGGAUAAAAUUCUUAUUGAGUCCUCGCUCCUUGUCCUGCUCUAGAAAAAACUCCACUUGUAAAUAGUUAUAUGUAUAGUUAGAUUAUAUACACACACAUACACACAUACGCGCGUGCGCGUUAUGUAUAUAU